AUGGCUCUGGUGGAUAAUCCUCUGAUCGCAUCCGCAACGUUGCACAACCCGCUGCCUCUCUACCUUCACACUUACAUCUGGCCAUUUGCCGUCAUCUGGCCUAUCUUCUUCCGCUUCUACCUGUCAGAUGAAUUAUACGAGAAGCAUAUCAACGGGCAGGAAUGGACCUUUGUAUGGUGCGGCACCAUAAUCACGGCGCAGAGUUUGGUCUGGCUGUGCACACACUGGAAUGUCAACUUGAAGUCGCUCUUCACCUCCACCUCUGCGCUUAAAGUCGACGACGCGAAACUCAUCAAGAUUAUCCCGGUUGCGAAUGCUGGGUCUGCGGAUAUUUGCGAUAUUGUUCGGGACAACGCCGGGGGCAAGUCCAGCAUUUCAUUCCUCUUCCAGAAACGCCGAUUUCUGUUCGAUGCCGCCAAAGGCUCCUUCUCGCCCUUGGAGUACCCCCUCGACAAAGAGCCCAAACCCCUCCUCGCCGAGUUCCAAAAAUCCCGGGGAAUUACAAGCCCCAUCGAGCUAUCCAGAAUCCACCAGCACUAUGGCGACAACACCUUCGAUAUUCCGGUCCCGACUUUCACCGAACUCUUCAAAGAGCAUGCCGUUGCGCCUUUCUUCGUAUUCCAGAUCUUCUGUGUUGGCUUGUGGAUGUUGGACGAAUACUGGUAUUACUCUCUGUUCACGCUUUUCAUGCUGGUCGUAUUCGAGAGCACGGUUGUGUGGCAACGUCAGCGAACUUUGAACGAAUUCCGCGGAAUGGCUAUCAAACCCUACGAUAUCUGGGUGUUUAGACUGGGUAAGUGGGAGGAGACUCAGAGCGAUAAGCUGCUUCCUGGAGACCUUGUUUCGGUUGGCCGUACCAAGGAUGACAGUGGUGUUGCAUGCGAUAUGGUGCUGGUGGAGGGAAGCGCCAUUGUGAACGAGGCCAUGCUUUCAGGAGAAAGUACACCCCUCUUGAAGGACUCGGUCCAGCUACGUCCAUCCGAAGCCAACCUCGAGCCAGAAGGACUCGAUAAGAACUCGUUCUUAUACGGAGGGACCAAAGUCCUUCAAAUCACCCAUGGGAACAGCGACGAAGAGCGACCAAAGCUGGCAUCUGGUGUCCCAAACCCUCCGGAUAACGGAGCCAUGGCUAUUGUUGUGAAGACAGGGUUUGAGACUUCCCAGGGUAGCUUGGUACGUACUAUGAUCUACUCUACGGAGCGUGUGUCGGCGAAUAACGCCGAAGCUCUGUUCUUCAUUCUCUUCCUCUUGAUCUUCGCGAUCGCCGCUUCCUGGUACGUUUGGGACGAGGGUGUCAAGAAAGACAGAAAACGGUCUAAGCUUCUUCUUGACUGUGUCUUGAUUGUCACAAGUGUUGUGCCUCCGGAACUUCCCAUGGAACUCAGUCUUGCAGUCAACACCAGUCUUGCUGCACUGAGUCGUUAUGCUAUCUACUGUACCGAACCGUUCCGUAUUCCCUUCGCUGGCCGUGUUGAUGUCGCCUGCUUCGACAAGACUGGCACACUGACCGGAGAAGACCUUGUCGUUGAGGGAAUUGCUGGCCUUGGGCUCGGCCACUCUGGAACUGGUACACCACGCGAGAAUGAUGGAGCCCAUAGCCACAUCACUCCGGUUCUCCGAGCUGGAAUUGAGACCACCCUUGUGUUGGCAACCGCCCAUGCUCUGGUCAAAUUGGACGAAGGCGACAUUGUCGGAGACCCAAUGGAGAAAGCUACUUUGACAUCCCUGGGUUGGAGUCUUGGCAAUAACGAUACUCUUACAAGUAAGCACAUGAGUAUCUCCAAAGGCCAGGCUAUCGCGGACAAUAGUGUUCAGAUCAAGCGUCGCUUCCAAUUCUCGUCUGCUCUGAAGCGUCAAAGUUCAGUUGCUACCAUUACUGCCCAGCACCCAGAGACUGGAAAGAAGAUUAGGAGCACAUUCGUUGGUGUUAAGGGAGCCCCCGAAACUAUUAUGAAGAUGUUGGUCACAGUUCCCAAAGACUACGAGGAGACGUUUAAGUACUUCACCAGGAAGGGAUCACGUGUUCUGGCUCUUGCCUACAAGCAUCUAUCAACCGAUCAAGAAGUCGGAUCUGGUAAGAUCAAUGAGUUGAAGCGAGAGCAGGUUGAAGCUGAACUGCAUUUUGCUGGUUUCCUGGUUCUGCACUGCCCUCUCAAGGACGAUGCCAAGAAAUCCGUCCAAAUGCUGAACGAGAGCAGCCACAGAGUUGUCAUGAUCACUGGCGAUAACCCUCUGACUGCUUGCCACGUUGCCCGUGAAGUCGAGAUCGUCGACAGAGAUGUCCUCAUUCUUGAUGCCCCAGAGAAGGAUGACUCUGGUAAGAAGCUUGUAUGGAGAAGCAUCGACGAUCUGAUUGAGAUUCCGGUUGAUCCUACCAAGCCCUUGGACCCUGCCAUAAUUGCAAACAAUGACAUCUGUGUCACUGGCUACGCUCUGGCUAAAUUCAAGGAUCAGAUUGCACUGUCUUCAAUCUACCGAUACACAUGGGUCUAUGCCCGUGUAUCCCCCAAGCAAAAGGAAGAAAUUUUGAUGGGGCUCAAGGAUCUUGGAUACCACACUCUCAUGGCUGGGGAUGGUACAAACGAUGUUGGCGCUCUGAAGCAAGCCCAUAUUGGUGUCGCUCUGCUUAACGGAUCUCAAGACGACCUCAACAGAAUCGCUGAGCAUCAUAGGAAUAAUAAGAUGAAGGAGCUGUACGAGAAGCAAGUAGGUAUGAUGAAGCGCUUCAAUCAACCAAGCCCGCCUGUGCCUCUUUUGAUCGCCCACCUGUAUCCUCCUGGGCCCACGAACCCACACUACGAAGCUGCCCUCAAGCGAGAAUCUGAGAAGAAGGGGACUGCUGUUGCUGUCAACGAGACUGCGGCCGCACCUGUAGAGGUUAUCACUUCGCCUGGUGCUCAAGCUCUUAUCGAUAGCCAACAGACGCAAGCCGCAGGCCAGAAGAAGGCUUCUAACCUGGCGGAUAAAUUGACACAAAGCAUGAUGGAUGCCGAGGUGGAUGAAGACGAGCCCCCAACUAUUAAGCUCGGUGAUGCUUCCGUCGCCGCUCCAUUCACCAGUAAACUCAGCAAUGUUAUUGCAAUUCCCAACAUCAUCCGACAAGGUCGAUGCACUUUGGUCGCUACCAUCCAGAUGUACAAGAUUCUUGCUCUCAACUGCCUGAUCAGUGCCUACAGUCUCAGUGUGCUCUACCUCGAGGGUAUCAAGUUUGGAGAUGGUCAAGUCACAAUCAGUGGUAUGCUAAUGAGCGUCUGCUUCUUGUCAAUCUCGAGAGCCAAGUCGGUCGAGGGUCUUUCCAAGGAACGUCCUCAGCCCAACAUCUUCAACUUCUACAUCAUCGGAUCGAUCCUGGGCCAGUUUGCAAUCCACAUUGUCACUCUGAUCUACAUCGCCCGAUACUGCGAUAAGCUCGCUCCACGUGACCCAGAUGUUGAUUUAGAGGGCGAAUUCCAACCUUCAUUGCUAAACAGCGCCGUCUACCUCCUGCAACUCAUCCAACAAAUUUCUACCUUCGCCAUCAAUUACCAAGGCCGUCCGUUCCGCGAGUCCCUCUCCGAGAACCGUGGCAUGUACUGGGGUAUCCUCGGCGUCUCGGGCAUCGCCUUCUCCUGCUCGACGGAAUUCAUUCCCGAGAUCAACGAGAAAAUGCGUCUAGUCCCGUUCAGCUCGGAGUUUAAGAGCACCAUGACCAUCACCAUGAUUGUCGAUUACCUUGGCUGCUAUGUGGUUGAGAAGACGCUCAAGAUGCUGUUUAGCGAUUACAAGCCGAAGGAUAUUGCGGUGAGGAGACCAGAUCAAUUGGCGAGGGAACAGAAGAGGCUGGACGCUGAGAAGAUGGAGCGGGCCCGGUUGGAAGAGAUAAAGACUGCAAAGGCCAUUGCUGAUCUGGAGGCAAAGUUGGGAAUAAAGCGGUAUCUUGAUACUUUGCAAUCACAGCAAAUAGGCAGGUAUUGCCAGACCAGACAACGGCUGAUGAAGUCGCCAAGCUGCAACCAUCAAGGAGGUGGAAAGUCCGGAGAUAAGCUGGCCAACAUUGAUAGCAAGAUGGUGCAAUGGAAGAAACUGCUCGGCUUGGAUGGCAGCCAGGACCACCACCGUUGGGGCGACGAGGCGCGCGCUCUCCUGCCCUCCUUCCACGAAGAAGGCCUGCCCUCCGCCAUCGCCGCCCCCGAAGUGACCAAAGUCGCGCUCCGCCUGCGCUACCUGAUCGAAGAGUGUGUGCCAUGCGAGCUCGAAGAGUCCAAGAUAACGGAGAGCCAUAGCAGGGUCAUCACGCAUAAUGUGAUCCAGGCGGCGCGGAAGGCGGGGGAGGUGGAGGUGGAGGGGGGCCGAAAGGAUUAUGGGAGCUGUGUAGUCUAUUGCUUACUGGUCAAUAAGAGGUGGUUCAAGAAGCAGGCGAUGCUGGAGCUGUGGGAUGCAGAUCUGCAUAAUGUUCGGGCCGUGGCGUGCGAGGUCAUUGCAAAGCAGUUGAUCGAGACAGAGGACGAUCAGGAGUACCUGCUGCAAGAUAUCCUACUCAAGCGCUACUCGGUCAUGAUUGAUGGAGAGCAAACCCAACCAGCCAAUGUAAUCGAACGUGCCGUUGAUUUGCAUGCUCUGCGAGUUACGGGCUCCUCAGGAUAUCAGAAGUGCGUGAACUACCUGUGGCGCGGGUGGCUUAUUCAAGACGAGAACGAUCCCAGCCGCUUCAUUGAGUACAAGCAGAAGGAUGACACGAGAUACUGGACUCAUGUUGACCCUGACCGUAUGCGCGCGCCGGUAUACCAGAACGCUACUCAAGUAGUAUUCUCGGUCAUCUAUCUGGCUCUCUAUACUGGUGCCAUCAACACGGUCAAUCCUACCGGAGAUUUGGAUAUCGUCGAAAUCAUCCUGUAUAUCUUCACAUUAGGGUUCAUCUGCGACGAGUUCUCCAAGUUCUGGAAGGUUGGACGAUUCUACAUUGGAUUCUGGAACAUUUUCAAUAUGGUGCUUUAUGCGCUUCUCACUACUUCUUUGGUCACGAGAUUCAUCGCGCUAAGCCACCCAUUGAAUGAAGAUGGGAAGAGAGGUAGUAGAGAGGAUUUCAACGAACUGUCAUACAACUUCUUGGCCUUCUCGGCCCCAAUGUUCUGGAUGCGUCUCCUCCUCUAUCUCGACUCCAUCCGCUUCUUCGGUGCCAUGCUCGUCGUGCUCAAAGUGAUGAUGAAAGAAUCUCUCAUCUUCUUUGCCCUCCUCGUCGUUAUCAUAAUCGGCUUCCUGCAAGCCUUCAUUGGUUUGGAUAACGCGGACACGAACAAAGACGCAACCACCUUCAUCCUGCAGGCCAUGGCCAACGCCGUUAUGCAAUCCCCCGACUUCUCUGGCUUCGACAACUUCGCGCCCCCCUUUGGCAUCAUCCUUUACUACAUCUUCGCUUUCCUUAUCAUGGUCGUCCUGCUGAAUAUCUUGAUUGCGUUAUACAAUUCGGCAUACGAAGAUAUCACUGGAAACGCGAUCGACGAGUAUAUGGCCUUGUUCGCGCAGAAGACGAUGCAGUUCGUAAGGGCGCCAGAUGAGAACGUGUUUAUUGCACCGCUCAACCUUGUGGAAAUCUUCUGCUUGGUUAUUCCGUUUGAGUGGUGGCUGCCGCGUAAGACAUACGCCAAGAUAAACGACUACGUUAUGGCUACUCUGUAUUCCCCGCUGUUGAUAAUAGCCGCCUGGUUUGAGACAAGAAGCGCGAAUAAGGUGAGGAGUAAUCGCAAGAGGGGAGACGAGGACGAUGACACGGUUGAGGAGUGGGAGCAGAUGGCUGGCGAGAUUGACUUUGAAGGCGAGGGGUGGGACAAGAAGGUUGCGAUGGUAAAACCCAACAUCGAGGAGGAUCAGGCGACUACCGAAGUCAAGGUCUUGAGGGAGGAGAUCAAGGAGAUGAAAGAACUAUUGCUGCAGCUGGUUAACAGGAGUAGCGGGUCGAACGGGAUGUGA